AUGCCGCGCGAUCCCCUGAUCGGUCUGGUGGGCAAGCCGUCGUCUGGGAAGUCGACGACACUGAACAGCUUCACGACGAUCGAUCCACAACGAGCCAUUGGCUACCUACAGAUUGAAUGUCCUUGCGCACGCCUCGGCCUGUCCGACCGCUGUAAACCCAACUAUGGCGCCUGUGUCGACGGCCGCCGCUCCGUUCCUAUCGAACUCCUCGACGUCGCCGGCCUUGUCCCCGGCGCACACAUGGGCAAGGGCCUGGGGAAUCGCUUCCUGGACGACCUGCGUCACGCCGACGCGCUCGUCCACGUCGUCGAUGUAUCAGGAACGACGGAUGCUGAAGGCAAGGCGACCCGCGGGUACGACCCAAGCCAAGACAUCGUCUGGCUGCGCAGCGAAAUCGUGCGCUGGAUCCAGGGAAACCUGAUGGACAAAUGGGGCAGCAUCAAGCGGCGGCACAUCGCCGUGAAAGCCACACCGAUCGAAACCCUGCAAAACCAGUUUUCAGGCUACGGCUCAACAAGCGCAGUCGUAGCGCGCUGUCUCGACAAGCUCGGCCUCCUAAGCGGAUCGACCAAGGUGCCCCUCGAGCACUGGGACGACGAGACAAUCGAGCGCGUAGUCAACGCCUUCACAGACGAGAAAUUCCCCACCGUCAUCGCAUUGAACAAAAUCGACCACACCGACGCAGACAAGAACAUCGCCAAGAUCGCAAAGACGGCGGAUCCGAAGAGCAUCGUGCUCUGCAGCGCGAUCAGCGAGGUCUUCCUGAGGAAGCUGGCGAAACAGGGAUUCGUCAGGUACGUCGAAGGCAGCGAGUUUGUAGACACGCGCGAAGACCUUAUCGAGAUGGGUGAUGCUACAGGCGGCGGACUGAAGGAACUCGACGACAAACUCAAGCAGCGCAUCGAAAACCUCAAGGACAUGGUCCUGUACCGCUUCGGCAGCACCGGCGUCGUGCAGGUCCUGUCGCGCGCGGCCGAAUUGCUGGGGCUCGUGCCUGUGUUCCCUGUGCGGAAUAUCCAAAGCUUCACGUCCGGGAGCGCGUCGAGCACGGCCGUGUUCAGAGACUGCGUGCUAGUGAAGAAGGGCAGCACGGUCGGCGAUGUGUACAGGAAGGUCAUGGGAGAUGCGCCAUUGGCGUACGUAGAGACCGAGGGCGCGAGGAGGGUGGGCGAGGACGACGUGGUGAGCGUGGGGAAGAACGACAUCCUCAGCUUCAAGGUCGGGCGGGCGUAG